GGCCGACAUUGCGCGCCAUUCUUUGGCACCAACGGCCGACAUUGCGCGCCGUUCCUCGGCAACGACAGCCGGCAUUGCGCGCCAUUAUUUGGCCACGACCGCCGGCAUUGCGCGCCAUUUGGUAACGAGGGCAUUGCGCGCCAUUAUUUGGCAACGGCGGUCGGCAUCGCUCGCCAUUCUUUGUCUUUGACAACAACAACAACAACAGCCAGCAAUAUGGGCGGGCAGGACCGAUCUGCAUGCGCUGACAAGGAUGCCAAGUCAGCAAUCAAUGUGGCCACGUCAGGUUUGUUUCAUCCUUUAGUGAAUGGCGCUCGAAAGGCGGCUCGGCUAAGAGAACUGUUGACGUCAGUGCCGGGUCUUCAUCAGGCCCCCUGUUGUCACGACGCAAUCAGCGCGAGAAUGGUGGAGAUGGCCGGAUUUGAACUCUCGCUGAUGAGCGGCUUCUGCGUUUCUGCCUCUCGGAUUGGCAUGCCCGAUUGCGGGGUGAUUUCUUACGGGGAGAACGUGGAACAGGCCUCCCUGAUUGCCUCGGCGGUGUCGAUCCCGAUCAUUGGGGAUGCCGAUACCGGCUUCGGCAAUCCCGUGAAUGUGAAGAGGACUGUUCGAGGGUACAUGCAGGCGGGCGUUGCUGGGAUCCUGAUUGAAGAUCAAGUCAUGCCCAAGGCCUGCGGACAUACCAAGGGGAAAGGAGUUGUAUCCAGGGAGGAGGCCGUGAUGAGAAUACGAGCGGCCGUGGAUGCACGGGAUGAAUGUGAUGGGGAUAUUGUUAUCGUUGCCAGGUCAGACGCAAGGCAGGCUGUGUCAUUCGAAGAGGCGUUGUGGAGAGUUCAGGCUUUUGCCGACGCGGGAGCGGACGUGGUUUUCAUCGACGCCCUUGCCUCUGUGGAGGAGAUGAAGAGCUUCUGUAGAGACGUGUGUCCUGGGACUCCGAAAAUGGCAAACAUGUUGGAAGGUGGGGGGAAAACGCCCAUCCUGAACCCCAAAGAACUGGAGGAGGUGGGGUUCAAGGCAGUGGUUUAUCCAUUGUCCCUGCUGGCGGUUUCUGUGCGGGCCAUGCAAAAUGCGCUGCAGACACUGAAGAAGGGAGAAAUGCCGCCCCCGUCAGUUCUCCCGUCCUUCGAAGAAUUCAAGGACAUUGUUGGCUUCAACAAAUACUAUGCAGAAGAGGAGCGCUAUCGAAUUAAGUGAGCGCGUGCUUGGCAUUCUCGGCGUCCUAACGGUUGUGAUAGAGUGAUCAGUCAGCAAGAGCUUGAUCUGUUGCGGACCCGUUUUCCAGCAAGUCCUCCUCCCCACCAAUAUAGAUCGGUGCUUUAAACAAAAAAAGUAAAAAAAGUUUUGACUG